CUUGUACGUUAAAGGAGCGGUAUCAAAUAACAAAACCAGUUAGCAUAAUAGCAAGAACUAUAAGUCCAAGUGGGAUGCCUGGUACUCUUGCUAAAGGUCUGUGUAUACCUGCGAAUAAUAGUAAAUUUAUCGAACAAUUGAGUAGAAGACUAGCCGUUUUUGAGACUGGAAUUUCUCCGGAGGGAAUUUUGGAGGACAUAUGGAAGGUUAAAGUUCAAUAUGGUGAACAAUGUAUUGAAGUCAAUAUA